AUGCUGCAGGAGCCCCUCGUCUCGGUCAACCUCGCCACGGUGUCUAUGGAGGCCUUCUUCUAUGGCAUCUUCUUCGUCCUGUCGGUGUCCUCCAUAUACCUGCUCGUCCACCGACAACGACAGCUGCAGGGCCGCAAUGCCACGUCCGGAUUGAUCUUCCGCGCGCUCUGCCGAACACCCAUGUUCAUAGGCGCAGUGAUUCUGAGCGUCACGAUCACAGCUCAUUGGGCCCUUACGGUAACACGCUCCUUCAAAGCGUUCAUCUAUUAUGAGGGUGGCACGGAGCCUCUGGACUUCUACGGCAACCUUAAGCAGUUGACCGAAGUCAUCAAGACUGGGUUCCUUAUGGCCACUCUGGUGGUUGGUGAUUCGAUGGUUAUUUAUCGUACCUGGAUUAUCUGGAACCGUCGCUUAAUAGUGACAAUUUUUCCGCUGUGCACACUUGCUGGCUUGACAGCGUGUGGGGUCGGCAUCACAUAUCAGUUCACGCAAUACUAUCCUGGAGAGAAUGUCUUCGUUUCUGCGGCCGGCCGCUGGAUCACAAGUGAUUGUGUGUUCACGCUAUGCACGAACGUUUACUGCACAUUCAUGAUCGCAUUCCGCGUCUGGAGAUCGCACAUAUCAGUCAAGAGCUACUCCGGAUCUAACCUCAUGGGCGUACUGGCAACUUUCAUCGAAAGUGCCGCUCUAUACACCUCCUGGACGCUGUUCUUCUUCAUCUCCUAUCAAAGCGGCUCGAACCUCCAAUUCACAGCCGUCGACACCUGGCCAUCCAUGAGCGGAAUCGCGUUCAUGCUCAUCAACGUGCGCGUCGGGCUUGGCUGGGCACAGACCUCCGAGAAGACGACCACCCGGCACACGGUAUCCGCUGUGAGCGGCCACCGCAGUGGGGAGACCAGCUCGUUCGCGAUGCGUCCGCUCGCGGUCAACAUCACGACCGUCAUCGACCAGGAGGAAGACUAUGAGCUGCCCGCGAAGAAGGUGGAUCCGAAUGGCGACAGGGUGUGCUAG